AAGAGAUCACCAACGGCGGUGGACAAAGUAGCGAGGAUUUGUUGUAUCAAAAAUUACCGGUCGCUUAACAGAAGUUUGGUUGACGAUGAAUCCAGAGACUGUAUCAGGCUUGUAAAGUUUAAACUUUUAAUUUGGAUCCUACUUGUUGAUUUCCCGUUUUAGUGUCUAUAAGUGCGGUAUUAUUUUGUUUUAGUCCGCAUUUUCGUUGAGAGAGCAUGUUUACGAAGGAAACGAGAGACCUAACUGUUUCUUCCUUCACCUGAAAUGUGGAUGAUACAAACAAGACAGCUGGUACAGUCGGUUUUCAAAUGAACUAACUGAUGUCAGUUCCGUAACUGUCAAAAAAACGAGCCAUUAUACUUUUAGAUAUUCUGCAGAAAUUUUCCACUGUCGAAAAACUGAACAAGUACUCACAAUCUCCAGUUUAAAAGCAGAGAAUACAUCGAAGAGAACGUCAAGAAACUCAAUGAAGUUACUCUUGUGGACAGUAUAACUGGUCGUUUUGAAUGCAAGAGACAUAACCGAACAGCUUUUGUUAAAUGAAUGUCAAGUUUUUGACUGUGAAAUAAAUUUGACCAAGUUUUCACCAAAUUUAACAUGACGGUCAUUCAAAAGAAUGAGCCCGAUGUGCAGAGUGGUCACCCGGCAUCGCUACAUGGUGAAGCCGUACCAGUCACUCGCUUAUACAAGCGAAGAUGGCUCAUUGUAUUUUUGUUUAGCUCCUACUCGCUGUGUAACUCUUUUCAGUGGAUUCAGUACGGAAUUAUAAAUAAUAUUUUUAUGAGGUUUUACAACGUGGAUACGUUCACCAUUGACUGGAUGUCUAUGAUCUAUAUGUUGACAUACAUUCCUCUGAUAUUCCCCGUCACCUGGUUACUGGAUAAAAGAGGAUUGCGGGUCAUUGCUCUCGUAGCUACUGCGAUGAACUGUGCCGGGACGUGGAUCAAAGUCACUAGCGCGAGACCAGAUUUGUUUGGCGUGACAAUGCUGGGGCAGCUUACGGUCUCCGUAGCGCAGGUCUUCAUUCUUGGUAUGCCGUCGCGGAUCGCAUCAGUCUGGUUUGGAUCAGGGGAGGUCUCCACAGCAUGCUCCAUUGGAGUUUUUGGGAACCAGCUGGGCAUUGCCAUCGGUUUCCUGGUCCCGCCCAUCCUGGUGCCCAAUGUAGAGGACAUGGAUGAACUGGCCCAUCAUAUCAGAGUCAUGUUUUACAUCACGGCGGGCGUGGCCACUCUGCUGUUCAUCCUGGUGGUCAUGGUGUUCCAGGAAAGGCCAGAGAUCCCGCCCACUCAGGCUCAGGCGGCCGCACGUCUCAUUCCACCUGAAAGCUACUCCUACACUGCCUCCAUCAUGCGUCUCCUUCGCAACCGCCCCUUUAUCCUCCUCAUCAUCACCUACGGACUGAAUGUGGGCUGUUUCUAUGCUGUCAGUACACUGCUGAACAGAAUGAUUAUUGAACAUUAUCCUGGUGAAGAGGUCAAUGCCGGGAGAAUAGGCCUCACGAUUGUCAUCGCAGGGAUGGUGGGGUCACUCAUCUGUGGGAUCUGGUUGGAUAAAUCCAAAACAUACAAACAGACCACGCUGGCUGUGUAUCUGAUGUCUUUCCUUGGAAUGCUGGUGUACGCCUUCACUCUGAGCCUGGGCCAUCUGUGGGUCGUCUUCAUCACAGCAGGAGCCCUGGGAUUCUUUAUGACGGGCUACCUGCCACUGGGCUUUGAGUUUGCUGUGGAGCUGACAUACCCUGAGUCAGAGGGAACAUCAUCAGGACUACUAAACUGCUCGGCACAGGUGUUUGGGAUUAUAUUUACAAUCUGUCAGGGGAAGAUUAUGGACGCACUGGGAACUCUGGCUGGGAACAUCUUCCUCUGUGUCUUCCUUCUCAUAGGCACUAUUAUGACAGGCUUUAUAAAAUCAGACCUCCGCCGACAGAGAGCGAACCAGCUGGAGAGGACGGCUGCUGCAGCCAAGAGAAGUGAUGUCCUGGACUAUGGCACCACAACCCCCUUUAUCCAGCAGCACUCUGAUCUCUAAUCACACUCACCUGCUUUUACACAUGCACAUGUACCAAGGAGCACUUGGAUGGAGCCAUUGUGGCACCUGCUACUGUGAACGAGGCCAAACUGUGAUAUCCCUGUCUUUCACGCAUGCUCUCUCUGUCUCUGUCUGUCAACGUCUCUGUCUCUCUCUCUCUCUCUCUCUCUCUCUCUAUCUCUCUCAAAUGAGGAAAACUGAAAAUCAUCCUCAUUUUUUUGUGGACUUUUUGUUAAAAAAAAAAAACGUGUUUAGAUUUGCAAAGUAACUUCUUACAUUACUGACUGAAUGGUAGCACUGAUAGCAUACACUGCUAAUCGUAGAGUUGUUAAUAUAGUAGGCUGUACUCUGCAUUACUGUGGCAGAGGUAUGUCUGGUCAACCUCAGAAGUUGUUCUUGUAAGUAUGUGAUGGUGUCUGGUAUUUUUACACGAGGUUUACAGGUGCCGUCAUGUAUAUAGCCAUACAAAGUGGAAAUGUGGAAGGUCGAGUCGAAUGUGUGGUAGUCUAAUGCACUGCUGUGUCCCCACCCCAUUUCACUGACCUUUCCCUCCUGAUUUCUCUUUUUAGUUUUGUUGACUGGUUCAUUCUUCUCGUCUAGAAAUAUCUGCUGUCGUGUCCCUCCCCCCUCAUUUGUAAACAGAUCAAUCAUAAACCACUGCACAGUCUUGUAUUCUGUUUAAUGUUUCAACAUGGUUUUUUGUUGUUUUUCUUCAGACUUCAUCUGUCCUUUUUACCAUACCAGAAUCAUAUUUGUCUCUUAAAACAGUUGUGUUUCAUUGAUUUGACUAGAUGUAUCAUUGUUACAGAUUUAUGUGAAAUUUGUGA